AGCUGACUGAUCACGUGACGCGCUUUAUCUAAGAUGGCGACGGCCGUGUCUCUGUAGCGUAAAUGCAAACAUGGGGCUGUUGGUGUACAGUGUGUGGUUAUUAGUGUGUGUGAGUGUGAGUGUGGUGUGUGUGAGGUGUGAAGUUAAACCUGCUCAGGACUGCGGCUGUAACACACUCCACACACACCGAGCUGAGGAAAAGGAAAAGGAAGAGGAAGAGGAGGAUGGAAAAGGAGGAGCAAGUGCUCAAAGUCCGGCUCAUAAAUAUUCGGAAAGAGCGAAUAAAGAGUCUUUGAAUAAAGAGGACUCUCUUAGUAAGCUGGUGCUAAUGGAGGGAGGUUGGUUCCUGAUGGGAACAGAUGAUCCAGGUAUCCCUCAGGAUGGAGAAGGUCCUCAGAGGCGUGUUUGGCUCGAUCCUUAUUACAUUGAAGAGCACGAAGUCACCAACCUGCAGUUCCAACUUUUUACUAACAUUACGCACCACCUUACAGAGGCAGAGCGGUUUGGAGACUCGUUUGUAUUUGAGGGAUUGCUGAGUGAAGAAGUGAAGAGCUCCUUGUCUCAUGCGGUUGCUGCUGCCCCCUGGUGGUCACCGGUUAAAGGGGCAGACUGGAGACGUCCAGAGGGUCCAGAUUCCUCUAUAACACGCAGGAUGGACCAUCCGGUGCUGCACGUGUCCUGGACUGAUGCCUGGGCGUACUGUGAGUGGGCGGGGCGCAGGUUACCCACUGAGGCUGAGUGGGAGUUCGCCUGUAGAGGAGGUCUACAGGACAGGUUGUACCCAUGGGGGAAUAAACUGAUGCCCAGAGGGCAGCACUACGCUAACCUGUGGCAGGGAGAGUUCCCCAAUCACAACACAGCUGAGGACGGAUUCACUCAGACAUCACCGGUGAAGAGGUUUCCUGCGAAUACUUUCGGUCUCUAUGACAUGGUGGGAAAUGUGUGGGAAUGGACAGCAGACUGGUGGAGUGUCCAUCACACUCGAGACCACACACACAACCCGAAAGGACCAAAAACAGGAAGUGACAAAGUGAAGAAGGGAGGAUCCUACAUGUGUCACAAGUCGUACUGUUACAGGUACAGGUGUGCUGCCCGCAGUCAGAACACUCCUGACAGCUCAGCCUCCAAUCUCGGGUUCCGCUGUGCAGCUGACCUCGCACCCUGACCUCGCACCCUGACCUCUGACCUCUUACAGACUCUGCCUUAUCAAGCACACGCUCACGUCGUAACUCCUACAGGAGCUGUGUGGUGUAAUGUACAGACUUUUUACAGGAAUAAACCAUUUUAAAGAUGAUGUCUGAUGAAUUUUAUUAACAGUGUAAUAGAUUUUAAUAGAUUUUAUUGUAAAUUCUACUGAAAUAAACACACCAGCCCCGAGCUGCCUUUGAA